AUGAAAAGGUCUGAGAGUAGCGUCACCAAUCUUCUCUUCUUAAAUUUUAAUCAGGAAGCUUCAUGUAUCAGCGUAGGAACUCGUCAAGGUUUUGCUAUCUACAAUUGUGAACCAUUUGGCAAAUGUUUUCAAGAAGAUAUUGGAGGCAUUGGCAUUGCUGAAAUGUUGUACUGUACCAGUUUAGUUGCUCUUGUUGGUGCUAGCGAUCAGCCUGCAUUUUCACCGCGUCGAUUGCGUGUAUGGAAUACCAAAACGGGUGCUGCAAUUUGUGAUCUCAAUUUCGUCACAGCCGUGUUGGCUGUGCGCAUGAACCGACAGAGAUUGGUAGCAGUGCUGGAACGCAAGAUUUACAUUUUCGACAUUAGCACCAUGAAGAUCCUAGAGACACUAGACACGUCGCCAAAUCCAAAGGCAUUGUGCGCGCUUUCUCCGCACGACAACGGCCAUCUGGCUUUUCCAUCCGGUGCCUCACCAGGAGAGAUUGUGCUAUAUGAUGCCAACAAUCUUAGUGUAUUGAACGCGUUCCAAGCACAUCGUACAGCACCUGUUGCGAUGGCGUUUAAUUCUCAAGGCACAUUACUUGCGACCGCUUCCGAGUCGGGAACACUUAUUCGCGUCUUCGCCGUUCCAAGCGGGAAAAAAAUCGCAGCCUUUCGACGAGGUUCUUACGGCGCUCAAGUUUACUGCCUAGCGUUUAAUGAGAGCUCUACAAUCCUGUGUGCUUCCAGCGACACGGGCACUAUCCACUUCUUCUCAUUGACUGGAGCUGAAAGCUCUGCUACAGGAAGUUUUGGCCACUUCACGCCAAUCACGUCGACACUGGCAGUUGCUGGAAGCACCUUCGGUUCCACAGUCUUUGGUAGUGCUGCCGCGCCACCGAGCCCAACAAUCCCGACAACGGUUGAAUCUUCACCUGGGGUAUCCUCGAUGCAUGCUGCUAGGGUCAGUGUGCCCACGGCGCGGACGACUCGUACUACCCCCAGCCCAGCUGUCACGAGUUUCGAUGAUGUGGCUGCAGUCAUGAGCGGCUAUCUGCCUAGCUCCUUUUCGGGUAUCGCGGAAGGAACUCGCGACUUUGCCUAUGCUCGACUUCUCUCUACUGGAGUACCGAACCAGUGUGCAAUCCACGGUCCUCGGGAUACCAAAAACCCGGUUGUACAGCUAUACGUAGCUACUGCUGACGGCUACUUUUAUGAGUACUCACUUAACCUUGCUGUCGGAGGCAAGUGCAAGCUUGAGCGGGAAAACGUCCUCCGCGACAGCACGUCCGAAGAAAUCGAGGCCGUCUACAUUUCGUGA